UUCAGGUACAACGUAUAGCAUUCACACAUUUUUAUAAAUUUAAAUAAAAUAAUUGUUAGAAAAAACAAUUUUAAAACUAGUAUUGAAUCUCGAUUUUACUGAAGUGGAAAUGUCACAAUUUCAAGGAUACAAAGUUUCAAUACAAAUCAUUGUGAUCGCAACAUUGCUGAACUUUACCAAGACCUUGCCACAGGAUACCAGCACAACAAUCAAACCAGGACGUUAUGUACCAGAACUACAUGGAGGCCUAAGGGGCAAAUGGACGCCGGACGAUAGCGGCAAAUAUGUACAUAUUCAUCGUCCCUAUGAUGGCGGCUAUGGUGAUCGAGGCCUAAAAUAUGUACACGAUGCCAGUGGCAAUAUUUUCGUUGUCAAGGCCGAUGGUGGUCCUGGUAUUUUGCCUUUGAGCGACAAAGAUCGCCUACGCUUCAUGGUCGACUUCAAUUACGAAGGCAGUGGCUGGCAAAUCAUAAAAUUUGAAUGGCUGCGGGAUGGCGAUGAAAGCCAUCAAUUUAAUUUUGUUAAUGAAAAUCAGCUGUUCAGUGGUAAUAAUGGACAUGGCAAAGCUUAUAUACCACCUGCCGACAAUGGAGAAGAUGGCACAACGGGUGACAGUGAUACUGCAACUAAGACGAGUAGUGAAGAAAGUGAUGCCCACAUUGAUGGAGAAUAUGAUAAGGCCAGGGGUUACGAUUACUCUGUUACGGAUCGAAAAGAUAAAUCAAAUAACGAAAACUUAAAGAAUGCCAUCAAAGACGUCUUGGAGUAUAUAGAAGUCAAUAUUUUGCCAACAUUGUAAAUGGCUGCUUAUACAAUUGGCCGGCAUAGGCCAUAAACAAAACUGGGUUUUGCAUUUUAUUGUUAUUAGAGAUGCUUACUUUUAAUAAAACAUUAUCAUAAAUAAAUGAAGUUGCUUUCGGUGUAAAUGUGUUAAAAACUCGUAAUAAAUACAUGUGAGUUAUUGUAUUGCUGCGUUAAUUUAAAAUACUUUAACG